AUGGAGGACGCGAACCCCGGUGCCGGUAGUACACUUGACGAUGUGUCUGGGGUAUUCCUGACGGAAGCUCGGAUUGCCAAUGGCAAAUUCCCGCUGCGUGAGAUCAAUGACAUGGAGCCCGUGGUGUCGGGCAUCUCUCAGAUGUCACAGUCCACAUUGCUGCUCAAGAAGCGUAAAGAGAUGCGUGAGAUUGACGAUGCCCUGGACUUUAUGAAAGAGGAGUAUGCUCAGCGUAUGGAAGCGUGUGACGCUCGACAGCGCGAGCUGGAGCGCAAGCAGGCUGAAAUGAAAGAGCAGGUGGCGCGUUUCGAGAAAUUCAUCAAAGAGAACGACUCGAAGCGAACACGAGCCGAGUUGAAGAGUAAGAGCGAGCACCGAUUAGGAGAAAUCAACGAGUCUCGCAAAAGGCAGCUUGUGAUGCAGUUGGAGAAGGACGGUCGAGAGCGCGAAGCUUUGGAACGCAAACGUGAUCAGUUGCUAAAAUACCGUCAAUAUCUCGAAGCUGCAGUGGAAGCAUCCGACGGUGAAUACGAAGAAAUUGGCGAUAUUCUCAAUCGACAUGCUACGCUAGUGGAUACCAACAACGAUUUGAAGGCCCAGGUUCGGGCCGCAGAGGUCGAGACCGACCAACUUCGACAACGCAUUCGAGCAUUGAAAGUGGAGAUGCAGAACAUUGUGCUUGUACAAAAUAGUAGUAUUCAUGGACAGCAACAACAGCUCGAAACGCUGCGAUCCGAAGCAUUGCGAUUAGAUCUGGAUAGACAGCGCAACGAUCGCGUAGCCAACGAUCGAAGCCGCGAGUCUGGGCAGAUCGUGCUUACAGUGACCAAUCUGUACAGUCGACUCGAUCUCGGCGACAAGCUGCCGGUGCUGCGUGAGCAAGACAUGGACGUCGCACAGUAUGUCCAAAGCCUGCUCAAGGUCAUCGCCGCACGAAUUGUGGAUCUUGACUACAUUGUAUCCAACUAUAAGGACCAGAAUGCAGCCAAGUCUGGGAAUAACAAUAGCACCAAUAAUCAAAACUCAGCGAGUACCGGCCCCGGCACCAACGACGUGACCUCGGGCCAGUCUCGAGAUGCUCGCGUAGGAAAAAUGACAUCAGCAGGAAGUACAAAGCUGCCACCACUUACCUGA